CGAAACGUAUUUUAACAUGUUUAUCAAGCUGUCGUUUUUUAUAUAUUGUACUUCCGAUUCUCGCCAACUUUAAUCUAAGUACUCCUUUUUCUGGAAAAAGCUUUUACCAGAAAACUCCAACGUCGACAUAUGCUUUAAACUUUGAAGUAAAAGGAUCCGACGACAGCUCCAGUUUGGAGGUCCCAGCUUUUUCCAUCAAAACGAUGGCAUUGAUCACAAAAUUCAGGUGUUCACCAACAAAUUUGAUGUCACGUAUUUGGAUUGCGCUUAUUCUGUCUGGCUUGGCAACCAUUCAUAACCAUAUUCGCACUGCAGUAGCAGACUUUGAUGCUUUAGGUGUUUGCCUUGGAACGUCAGGAACCGACAUCCCUGACCCGAAAACUACAGUUCAACUCUUGCACAAGUAUGGUUUCAAGAAAGUAAGGCUUCUGAGUUCCAAUAAUUGGAUGAUGGAGGCUCUAAUCAACCAGAACAUUGCCGUAACUAUUGGCAUUGCGAAUGAAGAAUUACCUAUGGUUGCAGAUACUAUUAUAGACAAUGCAGGAACGUGGUAUAACGCGAAUGUGAGGCCCUACAUUUCCAAAAUGCCUAUCGAAUAUAUUGUCAUUGGAGACGAUGCAAUUCUCAGUCCCUACAGCGAGUUCGUCAUUCCGGCUAUGACAAACAUCAUGCAAGUACUACGGCGUUUUGACCAAGGCAGCAUAAAGGUCACCGUUGCAGUUUCCACAUCUGUUUUGGAAAAAACUUUUCCACCUUCACAGGGUAUCUUUAAGGCUAGGACGAGAAACAUUAUGGUAGACAUCCUCAAAGCUAUAGCUGGGUAUAAGUUUUCACCAGUACUUAUGGUGAAUGUCUAUCCAUAUCGUUACCAUGCAGCAGGUCUCAUUCUACAAGACUUCGCGACAUUCACUGCACACAAACCUGCUAUUCAUGAUGGCAAUAAUGAUUAUUGGAACAUGCUUGAUGCACUGUUAGAUGCAUUUGUUACUGCAUUGACGAGAGAAAAUCUGGGGAGUAUACGUUUGGUGGUUGGUGCUAGUGGUUGGCCUUCUGCUGGGAAUGGUAGAUUCACGACUCCCGCGCUUGCAGCCACUUACAAUCAGAAUUUUAUGAGACGGAUAGUUAGGCGACAGGGGACUCCAGCUCAUCCAACAAAACCCAUCGAUGGUUUUGUUUAUGCAUUGUUCAAUGAAAAUAAAAAACCAGGGGGUCCUGCUGACCAACAUUUUGGGCUUCUCAAAACCGACAAAACGCCUGCUUAUAGUUUUGUGGUUCCUCACUAUUGGAGAUAAAGGUUGAAGUAUUCAAAGAUCCAGUACCAGAAUAGGUUUACGUUGCUGUUACUGAUAUUGCGCGCAUCAAAUUGCUGGUUUACGUUGUAGUUGUAUUACUUUUGAUUUUCAAAUAGCUGAUGCAUGUAUAGGAACAGAGUUACUAAAAGUUCUUUAUAAAUCAUAAACGUUGUAUACACUUCAAAAUUAAUAAAGGAUAUUUUUGCUCAUGCAA